AUGAGGCAAAGCUCCUGGGGCCUUGGGGAGGUCUGCGGCCGCGGCCUGCUACCCCACGCCCCCAGCCCCUGCACCCCUGAAACCCCUCCUCCUGCACUGCUGUGUCUUAUGCCCACUGCCCCAAACUCUCAGGCCUUUCCAAUGGAAAGGAUCUCGGGCUCGGCACUUUGGUGCAGAACGGAGCCGGGGCUCCGCGGUGGGGUGCACGAUCCAGCCUGGACUGAUUGGUGGACUCUUGAGGCUCGGCCCCCUGGGAAGAGGGCGGCGAAGCUCGGCACAUGGCUGGGCCGGGGAGCGACGCCAGGGUUCCGGGAGUGGGACGGCACACGACGCGAAUCCCACACCGCAGGACGGCCGCGGGCAGCACGACCUCGCUUGCCCCUUCCGAACGGCCCGAGGGCCCGGGCAGCUCAGAGCUGCGGCUUUAGAGAUCCGGGGGUGUUCCCAGCGCCUCUGGACGAGAAGACACCGUGUCGCGGGCAAUACCAGGCUGAAGGACAGCACGCGCCGGGGCGCGGCUCCCGCCCGGAAGCGAGGCGGACUCCUAAGGACUACAACUCCCAGAGACGCCAGCGCUCCUCCCCUCUGAUAGGCCCGCUGCGCCACCUAUCAGCCAGCCAGCGACGGCAGACGGGCUCAGCGACCAAUCACAAGAGGGGAGGCGGGCGCUCCUCCAGCCGAGCGCAGGUCCCAAGUCGAAUCGUGGGGAAACACUUAACAGGAGAGUCUCUGGAGCCCCAAGGCCGACACAGUGACCGGAGAAGUGGCAGAAUCAACGACCUAAGGGAGUGA